AUGAACAAUCUCGAAAACGUUACCGAAAAAGAACGCCUUGUCAUUCCCAGUAAAAUAAAAAAAAAUAUGAAAGAAAGAAAUCCUGUGAUCGAAGCACUUUUUACGAAACUGAGCCAGUCCAACAAUGAGGGGUCCCUGACUGAAGUUCAUGUCGAGGAUAUCGACACGAUCGUUACAGACACACUAACUUGCUUGAAGUGCCAUGUUAAUUACAAUUCUAAAGGUGCAUUGACUAAGCACUUGAAAGCUAAACAUCAGAUCGUCAUCAUCGGUGCCAAACGCGGUCGUCCCAACAUUGAAAAGAAACUUAUGAAGCAAAUAAGAAAGAAGAUCAGCUAUGAAGCUGUAAAAUACGAGAGAAAUGUCGGGUGGAUUGCUUCGGAAAGAGAGACCCUUCUGGAAGACCUCCGUGUCUUAUGGGAAAUGUCUGGAACUGUAUGGACAGCAGAUUGUGCUUAUGUAGAAUACUUGUCCGAAAUUACACCCAUGUACCAAUUUCUUAUCACCAAACUAUUGUUGGAUGAUUCGUACGAAUUAACAGUAGAAAUAUCUUUGAGUAUUUUAGAAAUGAUGUUCGAGCGUUUUCCUGGGAUGUUUAAGAAAGAUUUUAACCGAGAAAUCGUUUUGGAAGCUUUGACUCCAUUGAAGUUUAACAAAGGAAAUGAUCGGGAACAGGAGAAUGUCCGUACAGAUUUUGACUUUGACGAAGUAGAUCAUACAGAGAUGAAAAAAUUGCUGGAAAGUCACCGAAACUGUAAAGAUAUCAACCGAGCCCGGUUAGACAUCAUGCGCAAAUUGUGUUUCCUGAUCCAAAUUCACUUUGGAGUUCAUAAUUUUGAAUUUAAGAUUGUAAAAAUUCGAUCAGGUUUUUUCUGUUCUUUUUUUGCUUGUGCCUCUUUUGAUAUUAAAUAA